CUUCGAGAAUGCAGUACAGCAUCGUUGCUGAUCGCGUUGCUCAUUGGCCGUGCUUGCCAAGCAACGACAACCGAAUUUAGCCCCAUGGACAUCUUUCUUCGCCCAGACAGGCAGUGUAGGCAGUGGGGGAGGAUAGUGGGAUGGGACGGGAGGACACAACUUCCUCCUCCUUCAUGACCGACUUGUCCGCGGUAAUCCUUCCUGCUCGGCCAUGGAGACGCCAGGGCCGGUUGAACAAAUCGUACUUGGAACGAUUGAAAAAAUAUCAUCUGAGCAUUUUCAAAGGCUUCGAGAGAAUUAAGCCUUGCUUGCUUCUCCACACUUGCUUCAUUUCGUUCCUUCAUCUCUCCAUCUUCACAGCAAUCCUUUCAUCCGUCUUUCAUCUUCUUCCCCUCUUCGCUCAUCUAUCACCACUCCAGGACAUACAUUUGCCCAGUCCCCUUCAACUUCAUCAUCACACCAACGGGUUCAACAUCAUGAGUGGGUUCUUCAACAUCAGUGGUAAAUUUGGAGGAAAGACCAAGCCAAAGAGGUCUUCUUCGGCAGUUCGUCCGCUAUUCCUAUGCCAACCCUACUGCAACAACUCAAUCGUCAAGGGCAACUUCAAGACGAUCGUCCAGCUGCCCAAAUAUGUGGAUGCUAACGAAUGGCUUGCAGUCAAUGUCUUCGACUUUUACAACUACAUCAAUAUGUUCUACGGGUCCAUAUCUGACUUUUGCACGCUGCGGGACUGCCCAACCAUGUCAGCAGGAGCAGGGUUUGAAUAUCUGUGGAUGGACGGGCAAAAGAAGACGAGUAGGGUGCCGGCACCGCAGUACAUUGAUUUCGUGAUGAGUUGGAUCCAGACACUUGUCAAUGACGAGAACACGUUUCCUACCAAGGAUGGACGCGAGUUCCCAGCAACGUUCCAGCAGACUGUACGGGCCAUCUUCAAGCAACUGAUCAGAGUCUUUGCCCACAUUUACCAUUCACAUUACGACAAAAUGCUUUCGCUGUGUCAGGAGGGACAUUUCAACUCGCUGUUUGCGCACUUUGUGAGUUUUGGACGGGAAUUCGACCUGUUGGACAAGAAAGAUAUUGUGCCGCUACAGGAGUUGAUUGACAUCAUGGACAGCAAUGGGAUCUUGUGUUGAGAAUCACUCGUUUUGACAUAAAGCCCUUGUUGUUACCUUUUUUUUUUUUCGUUGUUGUUGUUGCCACCGUUUUCCCUUUGUCUGAAUAUCCAACCCGUAAUAAAGUCGCCCUUUGUAUGGCAUUGUGUCCCGCAAAGAUGAACGACCCCA